AUGGGCGCUAAGCGGAUGGGCGAGGAGCUACCGCCCAAGAAAAGGGGCGGACCCAAAUUAGCAUCUCUGAAAAAAAACAAUAAUGAAAAUCGUACCCUACCAAACCCACUAGACUACAUUGAUUUCGGCUAUGCGCCUUUCGCUAAAGAUCUAGUUGAAAGUAAGGAAGCCACCGUCCACGAUAUACUUUCUUUAGGAUUAACAUUUUCUGACAAUUUUCUUAACGCUGGGUACCACAAACCACCAGGGGAAACCGUGGGUCUUGGCGAGGAGGAGCUCAUCUACGAGCCCAUACCUGAAGCUGCCCUUGAAAAAUUGGAGGACACUACGCCUGGUUGGGGUCCGGCUAGGAGGCAGGUAGAGCCUGGCCUCGGAAAUUCUGUGUCGUAUGUACAGGGGAACGAGAAUUAUAACAUAUGGUACGGCAAAUAUGCGACGGACCGCUUCGACCCUAGGCACCAGCUUAACGAACGGCCUCCAGCGGCCACAAAGUGCGAUCCAGAGCUUGAUUCUGGGUACACUAGGGCGGAUUGGGACCCCCAUGCUGGACAAGGAUAUAUUUGUUUAUAUUUUGCGCGCGGAUGCUGUUCAUUCGGUAGUGAUUGCACCUACUACCACAGGAUACCGACAGUUGAGGACGAGGCAAGAAUAGAUGCAAGUUGCGACGUAUUUGGGAGAGAUCGUCAUUCCAAGCACCGGGAGGAUAUGACGGGCGUUGGGUCAUUUUUAUCGCAGGGCAAGAGCCUUUUUUUGGGCAACGUAUACCCCGAUUGUUCGCUCGCUAAUCCGGUGGAAGAUUUGAAGGCUACAUUGAUAAGGGAAUUUUCUCGGUGGGGCGCCCUAGAAGACAUAACUUUAGUGUCCAGCAAGGGCAUUGCAUUUAUAGACUUUAGAUUGCGCGUGGCCGCGGAAUUUGCCAAGGCAGCUAUGUCUGACCAGCCCAUCCCCGGCAUCACUACAGCCCUGAGCGUCAAGUGGGCACACGAGGUAAAGAAAGAAAAGAAGGCAAACGUGGAGACAAGACGUCAGAUAAGGAACAAUUCAGUAUGUCAGGUGGACUCUUCUGGCUACGGCUACGACACAAAGACUGCUGAGCAACUGGCCGCGGACCUGGCCAGGGAGAUAGCGUUUGAGGAGAAACAGCGUCAGGCGAUGGAGAACCUCGAGAGGCUGAACUCUGCGCUGGCGGGUGUGGAGUCCCUGGACGUGGGUGCUAUGGAGAGGUCGUAUUCAUAG